AUGGCGGAGUGCGGGCGGAAGGCGCUGUCUCUCCUGGAAGCGGCCCGUUCCCGGUACGAGAGCCUGCAGAUAUCCGAUGAUGUGUUCGGCGAGUCCGGGGAUGACAGCAGCGACAAUCCCUUCUACAGCACCUCCGGAGACUCCGACUCCGACAACUAUAUAGCCGAGGAGCAGCAGCAGCAGCAGCAGCAGCAGCAGCACCACCACCACCACCAAAAAAAAGCCGAUAAGGAGGGGAACCGUGGGGGAUCAGGAGGUGGGGUCAGCGGCAACACCGGAGCCGGUCCUCCGGGCUCUCUGUCCCGUAGUCAGGCAGAGGAGGAGGGCUGGACGGAGACGCUGCAGGAUGUCACGGUGCCGCCGUUCAAGGAGACAUAUGGCCCUGCUCAGAAGAUGUCGGCCACCGCCACAGCCUUGGACUUCUUCCAGCUCUUCGUCCCAGACAAUUGCAUCCAAAACAUGGUCACCCAGACUAACAUGUAUGCUAAGAAGUUCCAGGAACGCUUUGGCUCAGACGAAGGCUGGCGUCCCGUCACGGCCCAGGAGAUGAAGGCCUUCCUGGGCUUUGUCACCUCCACCAGCGUGCACCGCUGUGAGUCCGUGCUCAGCAUCUGGAGCUCGGGCUUUUUCAGCAACCGGAGCAUCGCCUUGAAGAUGAGCCAGGCGCGAUUUGAAAAGAUCCUCAAGUACUUCCACAUCGUGGCUUUCCGGCCGUCACAGGGAAGCAACCAGGGCCUGUACAAGAUCCAACCUUUCCUGGACUCGCUGCAGCAGUCGUUCAGCUGCACCUUCAGACCUUCACAGACGCAGGUUCUUCAUGAGCCAUUGAUAGACGAGGAUCCAGUGUUCAUCACCACCUGUACGGAAAGAGAGCUGAGGAAGAGGAAGAAGAGGAAGUUCAGCCUCUGGGUACGACAGUGUACCUCCACCGGAUUCAUCUGUCAGAUCUCAGUCCAUCUGAAGGAGGGCACAGAUGGCCUGGCCACCUUGAAGAACAAGCCUCAGCUCCACAGCCUCGUGGCCAAGCAGCUCUGCCAGAACAUCUCCGGCAAGAACACCAUCAUCUUCACCGGCCCGUCCAUCACGAGCCUCAGCCUCUUCACCGAAUUCAGCAAGCAAGAUAUCUACUGUUGUGGCCUGCUGAGCACCAGGAAGAGCGACUGUACAAGCUUACCACAAAACAUGCUGGUCUGCGGUGCCACGCCAGCGCAGCGCGGCCAAUCAAGAGUAAUGAUGAAAGGCAGCAUGUCACUGAUCAGCUGGUACAACAAGGGACACUUCAGGUUCCUCACCAACGGUUAUUCUCCAACAAAACAAGGUAUCAUCAUCAAGAGGAAAAGUGGGGAGAUCCCAUGUCCCUUGGCUGUUGAGGCCUUUGCGGCGCAUCUCAGCUACAUCUGCAAAUAUGACGACAAGUACAGCAAGUACUUUAUCUUCCAUAAGCCCAACAAGACCUGGCAGCAGGUGUUCUGGCUGAGCAUCAGCAUUGCCAUCAACAACGCGUACAUCCUCUACAAGAUGUCUGACGCCUACGCGGUCAAACGCUACAGCCGAGCGCAGUUCGGAGAGAGACUGGUCAAGGAGCUUCUGGAUUUAGACGACUGCUCCCCCACACAGUGAGGAGGAGGAGGAGGAAGAGGAGGACAGCCAGAGCGCAACACAUGAAACACACACACACAAACACAAUCCCCACACAUUUACACUUCAUUACGGUUGUACAGACUCUGCAGUCUGUGUCUAUGUGAUUAUACUGAAGCAGUGCCAAGCCUGUGUCUCUCUUCCUCUAGUUGUUUUCUGUGGUACUGUAAAUAUUAAUUCACACAAGACUGCACUCUACACAAUAGAGAAUCAUGAGCCAUGGGACAGUUCACAUGCCUCAACUGCAACUUCUAACCACAUGUAUUAACUUAGGAUUUGUCAGCAGGAGCUAUUUCCCAAGCAGAUAUGCAGGCAGGAACAAUGAAACCAGGACGAAUCCACUGUUAAAUGAUGUCAGCUUCAAGUCUUAACUCUUAUCAGAGAGUGAAGGUAUUCAUAUGAGCCUGAAUCUCUCGUGUGAGUGUCUAAAUUUGUACUUGUCAGGCUAAAAGGCUUCAUGUAGCUCAAUAUUUACACUCUGCAAAAACACCUCUGUGUCUGUAACAAAAGCUUAGUAAACCAGGACAAUGGUUUGUUCACAGGCU